AUAUAUUGUCACGUAUAAUAAAAAUACCCAGUAGUAACUAUAACAGACAAUUUAUUAAACAAAUAUCUCGACGACGCUGCGUAGCGAUACAAGCGCAAUCUAGACUUGUACCCGUCCCUUCUCAGAAGCUUGAUAUAGGCCUAAAUCGAUCUUGUGAGAAGGGACGGGUACAAGUCUAAGGAGCAAUCAUGGCAUCCAAGGUAGAAGUUCCGUGCAUAAAAGUUGCAAUUUUGACAGUCAGCGACAGGUGCCAUGCUAAGAAAGCGGAAGACAAGAGUGGUAGCAAGCUGCGACAACUCAUAUCAGAGAACAUCUUCUUUCCAGGGCAGGUUGUUCAUCAAGACUGUGUUCCUGAUGAAGUGAAUGCCAUAAAGGAAAAGUUGCUGGCAUGGGCUGACAGUAAGGAAGUUGAUCUUAUUCUUACUACAGGAGGAACAGGCUUUUCACCAAGAGAUGUCACACCUGAGGCAACGAGGGAAAUCCUCGACCGUGAGGCUCCAGGGCUCAAUAUCGCCAUGGUAACCUCCUCGUUGGAAAUCACGCCGCUGGCUAUGCUUUCGAGGCCGUCGUGUGGCAUCCGCGGUGGCACGCUAAUCGUGAACCUUCCUGGCAGCAGCAAGGCCGCGACGGAGUGCCUGCGCUUCGUCGCGGGCGCGCUGCCCCAUGCCGUCGAUCUACUGCAGGGCCGCAUGGACACCGUCGAGGUGACGCACAGGGAGAUGCAGGUGGCGGUGGCAAUGAAGGAGGUUAGAGACAAGGCAUCGCCGCUGCGCGAAGCACCGCCGUCUGUCACAAAGCCCCACAUCCACAGGUCGAACAGUUUGGUGGACGAAACACAAGUUGCAAACAGACUGCGCAAGUCUCCCUUCCCAAUGAUCAGUGUUGCUGCGGCUGUGGAUAUCGUGCUGAAGGAGGCAGAUAUGCUUAACACUCAUGUGAUCUCUUAUAAAGAUGCUCUCGGACACGUACUGGCUGAUGAUGUCUAUGCGAAGGAUGCCCUGCCUCCAUUUCCUGCCUCAGUGAAGGAUGGCUACGCAGUCGUGGCAGCAGAUGGCGCUGGUAACAGGAAGGUUCUUGGUCAUUCCACUGCUGGAAGUAAGCCGGACUUUGGCGAGGUGAUUCCGGGGCACUGCAUCCGCAUCAGCACUGGAGCUCCCGUUCCCAAGGGAGCCGACGCCGUCAUCGAGGUUGAACAGACCGAGCUCGUCAAGUCUGCCGAUGAGGGACGUACCGAGCUAGAGGUGAAAAUUCUGCACCCGCCGACCAUUGGGCAGGACAUCAGACCUGUUGGCUGCGACAUCAAAGCUAACAACAAGGUUCUCAGUGCACAGAGUUGGAUCGGGCCGUCCGAGGUCGGCCUUCUUGCUACGAUCGGGGUCACCAAAGUGAAGGUCUACAAGAAACCAGUAGUGGCCAUUGUGUCUACUGGAAACGAGCUUGUGGAUCCCGGAGUACAGCUGAAGCGUGGACAGAUCAGGGACAGCAACCGCUGCAUGAUUGAGAGCCUGUUAGAGCAGGGAAACUUUGAGGUCAUCGACAUGGGCAUCAUUAAGGACACGCCUGGUUCCAUACUAGAAGCACUUACCAAUGCCAUGGAGAAGGCAGAUGUAGUGGUAACGACUGGUGGUGUGUCCAUGGGAGAAAAGGACCUACUCAAACAAGUUCUUCAGAUUGACUUGCGAGCACGGAUUCACUUUGGCAGAGUGUUUAUGAAGCCUGGAAAGCCAACAACGUUUGCCACGGUCAAUACAGAAAUUGGCAAAAAGUUGUUCUUUUGUCUACCUGGUAACCCUGUGUCGGCUAUGGUUACCUGUAACCUCUAUGUGGUACCAGCCCUUAGGAAGCUAUCCAGUCGUCUUCGAGCACGUAACACGAUCAUCAAGGCCAAGCUCGGCUUUACCAUUGACCUUGACCCACGGCCUGAGUACCACCGUGCCAUUGUCUCCUGGGUGGAGGGAGACGACCUGCCAGUGGGUGAGACGACCGGCGUGCAGGACAGCAGCCGUCUGCUAAGCACGCGCUCGGCCAACGGGCUCCUGCUACUGCCAGCGAAGACGGACGAGCAAGCUUCGCUGCCCGCGGGCCACGUCGUCGACUGCAUGAUCAUCGGUAGAAUGUAGUGCCAACAGAGGGCGCCACUCGUGCGACCGCAUUGAAGACGCGGGCGAGAAGCAUUGCUCUCACCUGAAAGCACGUUAGAAAUUAGUGGCGAUUUUCUUUGUGGCACGUUUCUCGUUCUUUGGAUGAAAAUAGUGUGAGUUUGUGUGGUCUUAUCUGCAUCAUGCCAAAUUGGUUUGUGAUUAAACACGGUACAGUAUUGUAAUUUUUACGUGUUUCAACUCAUUUAUACUUAUUUUUGAAAGAUGGGCUUGUUGGUUAUCAUGCCUGCUAUUAUUGUGUAUUUUGAUUGCUAUUUUUUAGGCAUAUAGCGCAUUGGUGUAAGAGACAAACAUGUAUGGAUAGAAAUUUAUUUAUAGAUCUAGAUAUAUUCCUUAUCCCUAGUACUUGUUGGUAGAACAAAAUAAUUAAGUCAAGGCAGUCAAUCUGUACAUAGUAGCUGGCAUUUUUUUAAAUUUUAAUUAUCGUAAUUUACAGUAGUUAGCUGUUAUCAUGUGAUUAUAUAUUUUCUAUACCGGUUGAUUGUAUAUGUGACAGAUGAGUUGGCAUAAAUCUUCAUAAAAAUAACACUUUAGUCUAUACCCAUUGGCAGCUUUGGUGGCAGUGCCUCUUAUCUGUGUAACGUAGCGUUUAUAAGGCCUGUAGUCUCGCAUGCAUUCUGUAGUUAUAUUAUGUUACCAGGAGCAUAUCUAUACAAACUAAUAUAGAUACGGUGAUUUUAAAAUAUGUGUUAGUAGUUCUACCGCAGUAUUGCGUCUUUCUUUACGCAUCAGAGCAAUGUAGCAACCUGUUGCAGAGUGAAGAUCGAGUUCAGGAAGGCGGCGAACAACGUCAACGUUACUUCCCCUUUGUCUUUGGUCACCUUUUGUCUCUACCUACACAUCUGCUCUUAUUAUGUUCACGCUCUACUUCCUCUAAUUUUAUUCUUUAAUGUAAUAAUUGUAAGACAAUCAUUAAACUUAACAUAAGACACAAAAUUUGUAUUUCAUACACAUGCAUUUCUAAGUGCUAUAUAGAAAUUGCCUUUGGUUUGUAAUUGCAUUGCAGUGGCGUUGUUAAUAAAAAAAACCCUGAAGUUCA